UGUUACCGAAUAUUAAUAUACAUUACUUAAACAUUUUAUUCAAAUGAAAAUGCAUCAAUGUUGCUAUUUGUUUGCCUUAUUGGCAUGUUUGCUGGCCAGCGCCAGCGCAAGUUCCAGCUUACCCAUUGGCGACUCCAAGCUGUUGCAGCUCAUGCGCGCCACUCGCAGCGCUCAGCAGACUGAUCCUCAGCGAUCUCUGGACUGUUUCCAUUACUACAGUGAGCUGUUCGAAGGGUACUUGCAGAUAUACGAGACUGAAUUUGCACAGUGUGAGGCUGAUGCGAAGAACUUAACUGAGAAAUACGAUUCCAACUAUGUGGGGUCACUAAAAAACCUGAAUACAUAUUCGGACUUGGCGUGCACUAAUUUGCUCGCAUGCUAUGACUCGUCAAGGGUACUGGACUCCUUUGGCUGCUUCGCGCAGGUGGGACCCGAAUCUUCCAAAGAUAUAUACGCUGUUUCAACGAACGCUUCGGUUUACUAUGGUCAGUUGCUGCUGCAAUAUCAAUAUGCGCAGUUCGAGGAAGAAACUUGCAAGAAUACCUCCAGAAAUGCAUACGAGCAACGUUGUGAUGCGGCCUAUGUUGAUCUUCAGAAAUGCUUGAAGGGCGAGAUUCCUGUGCCGACACCUGAACCGACGACCAUAUCAACAACUGUUGCCACGACAACCAGGACCACGACGACGCCAACCACCGUACCAACGCCGCCGGAGGACAACUUUAAUAGCGACAUCGCAAAUAUUUUGAAUAAGAUCAAACAUUUAAACGUUUGAUUGAUUUGACUACAUCAAAUCAAAACAGAACAAAUUAUUGUAUAUAUAAUUAUACAUGUAUUUCAAUGAAGCAAAGUCGAUAUGAAAUAUAAAUAUACACCUACCA